AUGCAGCCGCCGCACUUCUCAACCUAUCGCCGCGAACUGGCCGAAUCCUCCCCGCCCCUUAUUCCGUACCUCGGCCUGACACUUCAGAACUUGAUUGUCCUGGACCAGGUGAAUCCUGUAUUCCUGUCUAAGGUGCCCGAAGCCAUGGCGGCCACAUAUCAGGAGGCGCAUGGACCAAUUGUCAAUUUCUGGCGCUGCUGGAAGCAUUUCCUCAUUAUAGAUUUCUUCGUGAAGCAGGAAAACAGCGACACUCGGGCCGCCCACUACGACAUUAAAAAGGAUCGGGAUGUCCUUGACUUCAUUGGGGACUUCAAGUCUGCAUAUCCCGAUUUUGCCCUGCGUGAACUUAUUAACCGACGAAAGCGGCAGGCCACAUGA